UCACAGCUUGUGCGCUUGAAUCACAGCUUUGAGGGACUCUGUUCAUUACCGCGACUUCAAUGUUAGAGUAGAAGAGAGUAAUUUUGGUGCAGGGGACAAUGUUCUCCCAAACACUUCAAUCAAAUAUGGGUUCUUCAGCCGCACCGGAGGACGGGGUGGUGGUGGACAUUGAGAAGAAAGGUGAGGAGCCUAAUGAAUGGUCUCUGUGGGUUCUCAAUGCUCCUGAACCCCCGGGUCUGUGGCAUGAUCUUGUAGGCUCCGUGAGCAGCAUCAUUUCACAGUAUCAAGGAAACGCGUCUAGUCUCAGAAGCCAAACCGGACCCAAACUCGUGCUUUCAUUCCUUCAGGCGAUUUUUCCUAUUCUUGACUGGGGUCGAAACUAUUCAGUCAUAAGUUUCAGGAACGAUUUACUCGCAGGUCUCACUAUUGCAAGUCUCUGCAUUCCCCAGGGCAUUGGGUAUGCAACUUUAGCAAGGCUGGAUCCUGAAUAUGGCCUUUAUACAAGUGCUGUGCCGCCUCUCAUCUAUGCAAUAAUGGGAAGUUCAAGAGAGGUGGCAACUGGACCCGUGGCCGUAGUUUCAUUGCUGUUGUCGUCAAUGACUCAGAAACUAAUAGACCCUUCUACUGAUCCAUUGGGUUACACAAAGCUUGUUCUGACCGCAACUCUAUUCGCCGGCAUAUUCCAGGCUGCCUUUGGACUCAUGAGGUUGGGAUUCUUGCUGGAAUUUUUGUCGCAUGCUGCUACAGUAGGAUUCACGGCCGGAGCGGCCAUAGUUAUUGGUCUUCAACAGCUGAAGGGCCUUUUUGGGUUCCAACGUUUUACCAACAAAACCGACGUCGUCUCCGUCACGAUGUCUGUUCACGAAUCACUUGAUCUUCCAUGGAAUUACAGCAAUUUGGUGCUGGGGUGUUCGUUCCUUGUGUUCAUCCUCGUAUCCAGAUUUCUGCAGGGUAAAAGGAAGAGAAAGCUAUUCUGGCUGCCAGCAAUCACCCCUCUUGCAUCAGUUAUGCUAUCAACCCUCAUUGUUUUUCUGACCCGAGCUGAUGUACAUGGAGUUAAUAUUAUAAAACACGUAAAAGGAGGGCUGAAUCCAAGUUCUGUCAAUCAAUUAGAGCUGAACAGCCCCUAUAUUGCACGAGUCGCCAAAAUCGGACUGGUUGCUGCUGUUGUUGCACUAACGGAAUCGGUUUCAGUUGGCCGAUCUUUUGCUUCCAUGAGGGGAUACCACCUUGAUGGAAACAAAGAAAUGGUGUCGAUCGGAUUCAUGAACAUCAUAGGAUCUUUCACCUCAUGCUAUGUUGCAGCUGGUUCGUUUUCGCGUACGGCGGUGAAUGUGGCGGCGGGUUGUGAAACUGCAGGUUCAAAUAUCGUGAUGGCUAUUACGGUCGUUAUAUCGUUGCUGUGCUUCACGAAGCUCUUAUAUUUCACUCCAACUGCGAUUCUCGCCUCCAUUAUCAUUUCUGCCCUCCCAGGACUCGUAGACUUCAGUGAGGCUUUCAGAAUUUGGAAGCUUGAUAAGCUUGAUUUUCUUGCUUGCGCUGGAGCCUUCUUUGGGGUCCUCUUCUUUUCCGUCGAGAUUGGCCUCCUGGUGGCCGUGGUGAUAUCCUUUUCAAAUAUAAUAAUGAUAUCAAUUCGACCCGGCACAGAAACUCUCGGAAGACUCCCUGAAACUGACUUGUUCUGCGAUGUCCACCAGUAUCCUAUGGCUGUUGAGACUGCUGGAGUUUUAAUAAUACGUGUCAAGUCUGCCUUGCUUUGCUUUGCUAAUGCCAACUUCGUUAGAGAAAGGAUCAUGAAAUGGGUCGCCAAUGAAGAAGCAGCAGAUGAGAACGAGGGAGGCACCCGAAGGACAAUUCAGCUUGUAAUCAUCGACGCCUCCAAUUUGGUGAAUAUCGACACGUCAGGAAUUGCUUCUCUAGAGGAACUGUACAAGAGUUUGGUUUUACAGGGGAAGCAGUUAGCAAUUGCCAACCCAAGGUGGCAAGUGAUUCACAAGCUGAAGGCUGCUAACUUCGUCAGAACAAUUGGUGGGAGGGUCUUCUUGACCGUUGCAGAAGCUGCUGGGUGUAAGCUGGAUUGAGUCUCAGGAUACAUGCAUGGAACAAACGGAACAAGACCCUAGCUCCCUGACGAGUUUCUUAUAGUGUGGUGUCUUAAUACCUAUGAUGUCUGUUUCUAGGAUUUGCAGUCCCUUGGUAGUCUUGUGUGUAUGCUGUGGGACGAGAAUAAUUCAACCCAAAUCAGAGGCACAGGAAACUGUGUAUGGGUGGUCCUGUACUAUAAUGGUGUGUCAUGUGUGCCUACUAAAAGAAUUGUUUGAUGCGUGUGAUAAAUUUACGCAAUCGGGUGUUCCUCUU